AUGCCGGGAGACAGCACCUGGCCCAUCGUCUUGGUGAGCUACCUCUACGUGAAGAAGGACCAGUCAAGCACCAACCCCAAGACAGCCGCUGCGCUGCAGGCCUUCAUCGACAUGGUCAUCCGCGACGGUGACUCCCUGGCCGCGGAGUUCGGCUUCACCUCGCCCUCGGCGUCUCUGAGGUCCUUGAGCCUCAGCGCGGCCAGCACCAUCGUCUACCCCGCAAACAUGGUGGCAUUCACCUCAGAAAGCAGCACCAUGGCCUACACCGGCAUGGGCGCGCCCUGGCAAUGGUCCGGCAUGUUUCAUAGGCCGUACGACUCUGUGAUUUUGGGGCUUGGGCAAUGCAGGCUGGAGGUGAACGUGAUUAGCUCCAAGCGCCACUCCUAUGACAUCUACGACAGCGACGUGAUGCAAGAGGCAUUGAACAAGCUGCGCGAGGCAACGCACACGCACGCGGCCGAGCAGGGGAGUCCGCAGGCCAGCCAAAAAGAUGGUGCUCAGCUCAAGCGUCAGGUCCAAGAGGAGGCGCCCGUGGACAAUCUGCCGGUGGUGCUGUCCGCGGUGGCCUUGACCAUCUCCGUGCUGGCGGGCUGCAUGGGAUGCUUCGCCUUGCUGGCGGCCCGAAAGUCUGGAGGCAUGGGAUCCCCCAGCCCCACCAGCAGCACCAGUCAGCUCUACGGCUCCCGCACUUAG